AUGCGGGUGGCAGUACCAUUAACGCUCGCGAUCGUGGCCACGACGUGCGUGGCCCAGCCCGCGCCCAAGUCCGCGCCCAAGUCCGCGCCCAAGUCUGCGCCCAAGUCCACGCCCAAGCCCAAUGCAAGCGAGAUGGCCACCACUGCGAGGCCGGGAACCUAUGCCAAUCUGCAUAGUUUCCGCAACAGCUAUGAUUACACUCUACGAGUAGCGCGAGCUGUCGCUGAGGAGAGCUUUCACAACUACUCAGUGCGUGCGUGCAGCGUCGGCCACAUCAACUUUCCGAGCUUCCGACGCUCUGUGGAUAUGUCACUCACCAAGGACGGCACAGUGGUGAUCAGCUUCAAAGGCAGCGUCAGCUUGGAGCAUCUCAUGAACGAGUCCUUGUGGCGCACGACGGCACGCACUACCGCUGGAGAGCGCUGGUUUCACAGCGUGCAUAACGUGUUUGAGGACGCCUUCUGGCCCACGGAGACGCCCUACUGUGCCGGGUGCAAGGUUGCAAGGCUGUGGCAGUUCUACUGGACAAAGAUGCGCAGCGCCGUGCUCAAGAUGAUAGACGGAAUCCUCAACGAUCACCCGAUGGCUCCCGUCAUCGUCAGUGGCUUCUCAUGGGGCUCGCCGAUUGCCAUGAUCGCCGCGGCUGAACUUGCUGCGUCGAAUCGCAAGCCUGACGCACUCAUCACUUUCGGAUCUCCCCGCCUCGGCAAUCGAGCCAUGGCAGAACACCUCGAGGCAAUUUUCCCGCACAGCAUGCUUCGACUGUCCUCGUACAACGACAUGGUCACGUUGAUCCCGCCUUUACUGGGCGAUUGGACGCACAGCGGCAAGUCCUUGAUCUUCUCUCACGCCAGGGCUCACCGCCAGUCCAGGGUGCACCAUGCCGUCGGGACCAGUAGCAAGUGGGUUGUGCAGCUGUGCCCAAACGCUUCACGCCAGAAUGCCUUUCAGCCUUGCCGAUCCAAACGCGAGAAGACUGUGAUCUCGACCCUCCAGUCUUGGUUCAACCGCAACAAGAACCUGCUUCUGGGGGCUGGCGGCUACCGGCAGGGGGCAAACCCGGGGCGCUCGUCAUACUAUGUCGCGACUCAGUAUGCGGAUCCGGAGCAGACCGAGACCAUCGUCGGAUCAGGUACGGCUAUCGACAGGGAGCAGUGCGCAAUCGAAGAGUUGGAGGCCUGA